GGGGCGCGCGCGCGCGUCCCGGUUCAGCAUGUGGCGCGUCCCCGGCCCCCUGUGCGCGCACAUCGCCCGGCGGAGCGAGCUGCUGCGGCCGCGGAGCAGGCCGGCCGCCCUCAUGUCCACGCUGCUCAUCGCCCAGCCGCAGUACGCCUGGCUGCAGGAGCUGGGCCUCCGCGAGGAGAACGAGGGCGUGUACAACGGCAGCUGGGGAGGCCGGGGCGAGGUGAUCACGACCUAUUGUCCUGCUAACAAUGAGCCAAUAGCACGAGUCCGACAGGCGAGUGUGGCUGACUAUGAAGAGACAGUAAAGAAAGCAAGAGAAGCAUGGAGAAUCUGGGCCGAUGUUCCUGCUCCAAAGCGAGGAGAAGUGGUGAGACAGAUUGGGGAUGCUUUGCGGGAGAAGAUUCAAGUACUGGGAAGCUUGGUGUCUCUGGAGAUGGGGAAGAUCUUAGUGGAAGGUGUGGGAGAAGUUCAGGAGUACGUGGAUAUAUGUGACUAUGCCGUUGGCCUGUCACGGAUGAUCGGGGGACCCAUCCUGCCUUCUGAGAGACCUGGCCAUGCACUCGUUGAGCAGUGGAAUCCCGUAGGCCUGGUUGGAAUCAUCACCGCGUUCAACUUCCCCGUGGCGGUGUACGGCUGGAACAACGCCAUCGCAAUGAUCUGCGGGAACGUCUGCCUGUGGAAAGGAGCUCCAACAACUUCCCUCAUUAGUGUCGCUGUCACAAAGAUAAUAGCCAAGGUCCUGGAGGACAACAAGCUGCCUGGCGCGAUUUGUUCCUUGACUUGUGGCGGAGCAGAUAUCGGCACAGCCAUGGCCAAGGAUGAGCGUGUGAACCUGCUGUCCUUCACCGGGAGCACUCAGGUGGGGAAACAGGUGGCCCUGAUGGUGCAGGAGAGGUUUGGGAGAAGCUUGUUGGAGCUUGGAGGAAAUAAUGCCAUCAUCGCUUUUGAGGAUGCGGACCUCAGCUUAGUGGUCCCAUCAGCUCUCUUUGCUGCCGUGGGGACAGCCGGCCAGAGGUGCACCACCGCAAGGCGCCUGUUUUUGCACGAGAGCGUCCACGAUGAAGUUGUAAACAGACUUAAAAAGGCCUAUGCACAGAUCCGGGUCGGGAACCCGUGGGACUCUAACGUUCUCUAUGGGCCGCUCCACACCAAGCAGGCAGUGACCAUGUUUCUUGGGGCCGUGGAGGCAGCCAAGAAAGAAGGAGGCACUGUGGUCUACGGUGGCAAGGUUAUGGAUCGCCCUGGAAAUUACGUGGAACCGACGAUUGUGACGGGUCUUGCCCACAAUGCAUCCAUUGCGCACACAGAGACUUUUGCUCCAAUUCUUUAUGUCUUUAAAUUCAAGAACGAAGAUGAAGUCUUUGCUUGGAAUAAUGAAGUAAAACAGGGACUUUCAAGUAGCAUCUUUACCAAGGAUUUGGGCAGAAUCUUCCGCUGGCUUGGACCGAAAGGAUCAGACUGUGGCAUCGUGAACGUCAAUAUUCCGACGAGCGGGGCUGAGAUUGGAGGCGCCUUUGGGGGAGAGAAGCACACCGGCGGUGGCAGGGAGUCCGGCAGCGACGCCUGGAAACAGUACAUGAGAAGGUCUACCUGUACCAUCAACUACAGUAAGGACCUUCCGCUGGCCCAAGGAAUCAAGUUUCAGUAAAGGUGCUUUAAAUUGACAUUACUUCAAGUCUUCCAGGUUUUCUUGCAGCUCUGUCUUCUGAAGCAGACAAAGAAAUUAAGAUUUUCCCUGAAUAAAUGCAUCCUUUUGAGUA